AUGGGUGACCCAGCUGCUGUGGGGGGGGCUAUUAAUAGCCUGUUCGGGGGGAGAGGGGGCAUCUUGUAUAAGGGCAGUGAAGGGCCUGCCGGGGCCGGGCCAGGCCGCCAUUGGCUGUGGGGGGAAGCCGGGCAGCUGGGGCCGUCAGUCAAAGGAGCCUGGGGCAUCCGCAGCUCCACCGCUGCUCGGCUCUGUCCUGCACCCCCAUGGCCCCCCCCCACGGCCUGGCUCCUGCUGGGCCUGCUCUGCACCCUGCAGCCCCCUGGGGUCCAUGGCAACCAUCGCCACGGUGACGUGGAACCCCCGCAGCAGGCCCAGGGGCAGCCGCAUCACCACGACGACCCUGGCCCCGGCGACGGAGAGCCCGAGGGGCAGCCACAAUACCACGGCAAGGAGGAGCAGCCCCACGGUCGCCAUGGCGACGUGGCACGCCCUCAGCAGGCCAACGGACAGCCGCCUCCCGAGGCCCCUGGCCCUGGCCACUACCAUCACCACGGCGAUAUAGAGCCCCAGGGGCAGCCCCACUUCCACGGUGACCGCCACGAUCACCAUGGCGAUGAGAAGGCGCAGCCCCAUGAGGCAGAAGAUGCCCCUGGGCCCCGUCGCCAUGACGACGAGGAAGAUGAUGCCCCUGGGCGCCGUCGCCAUGACACUGAGGAGGAUGAGGACGAGGCCCGUUGGCGCCCCCAGCCCGAGGAGGAGGAGGAAGACGAUGGCCGCCCUGGGCACAGCGAGGAGGAAGGGGACGAGUCCGAGGAGGAAGGGGACGAGUCCGAGGAGAGUGUCCUGAGGAAGCCCCACGGGGCGGAGGAGAGACGGGGCAGGGCACGCCAGGGGGAGGAAGAUGAUGAGGAGGAGGAAGAGGACGGCUACCAGCCAGGCUCCGUGUGCCAAUACUGCGCCUUCUGCAAGCACUGCGGGGAAUGUGAGAAGUGCCCAUGCCAGGAGGGCGACACCAGUGAGCACUGCGAGUCCUGCCAGUACUGCCAGUUCUGCUACGUGUGCCCCCUCCUCUGUGAGACGGGCUGCCAGCCAGGGGGCAUCAUGGACCAGCUCUCUGGGGCCUUGGUCCAGUCUGUCUCAUCCAUCUUCGAACAUCAGGAGCAGUGAAAGGCUCGGGGGGAGAAUAAUUUUUUUGGGGGGUGGGGGAAGAACCUGGCUGACCUCUGACCCAUAGGGAUUAAAGGGGGCCAAGGAGCAGGUGGCCCCCACCAGGGGAGGGGGUACACAAGUCCUGCACCUCUCACUGCGCUGCCCCCCCCCCCCAGUGCCUAGUUACAAGGCCAGAGGGGGGGUCGUCCCUUUAGGUGGAGGGGCAGCCCCACUUGGCACCGGGGGGAGCCAUCGAGCUGCAGCAGCCCCCCCACGAGCCAUCAUGCAACUCCCCUCCUUACCUCCUUUGAUGCCCCCAUCUCAUCCCCCCCACGACGCUGCCCUGCUCCCCCCAUAAGUGGCCCCCCCAGAAUGAGCUGCAGGAC